AUGAUGAGAGAAGGGGCGGAGUCACUGGAGCAGAAAGGGGCGGAGUCAGACAUUAGGGAUCAAUAUGCGGAGGACUCGUCGGAUUCGGAUAGCGGGGUGGUGAACGAGUUUAAAGCGGUUUUCAAGAAAUAUAAGAAACGACGACCGCCUCCAGAUUUUAGUGAUGUUAUAGAUGUCCGAACUUCUUCGCUCCUCGAAUCCCGCCUUGUUUUCCCUAAUCCCUCUGAUAUAACGGCUGAAAAAGAAGAACUCGCCAAUCGAUUGGGUCUAAUUUCCCUAUCGAAAUGGCGUGUCUAUUCAUUUCCCACCCGUCCCGGACUCUAUCUGAUUCCGGGUCUUUUGAAAAAAGAACAAACGAAAAUAUGGUUGAAACGGGCAUUCGGAUACGCAAAUCCACCGAAUAUCACCAAUUUGACGAUUCAUGGGAAGGAUGUGAAGACCGACCCAUCCCUUCUGACAAAAGCUCUCCGCUGGACGACUCUUGGUGUGGAAUACGAUUGGAACACGAAACAAUACCCACCGAAUGGUCGGCCCGUACCCGAGGAGUUGUAUCAGUUAGGAAAUCUCAUCAGUAACUCCCUGAAACUCGGCGAUAUGCGACCGGAUGCCACGAUUCUCAACUAUUAUCCGCCGAAAUCCGCGUUAUCUCCUCAUGUUGAUAAAUCCGAACGUUCGAACGCGCCGCUCAUCUCAAUGUCACUCGGCCAAUCAGCAGUCUAUCUCUCCGGCGCCCUAACACUCUCCGAACCACCGAUCCCUCUUUGGCUCAGAAAUGGCGACUUUUUAGUAAUGCACGGCGAGCAACGACUCGUUUAUCACGCGAUUCCGUGUAUUGGACCGAAAAUUGAGAAACAACAUUUUGAGACGAAUGGAGUGGAGGAGGACUCGAUGAUUGUAGAUUAUUUGAAUUGUAGCCGAAUUAAUUUCACAAUUCGACAAGUUAAUCCAUAG